GAUGCUACCAUGAGCAUCGGCGCGCUGUCUGUCUCACUGGAACCACAUGCAGAGGAAAGCCCCCGCGGUCCGCGUGGCGUCCACUCUUCAUCCACGUUUCGGCUUCCCGGGAAUCUGCAGCCUUCCUUUUCCUCCCUCCGGGCCCGGAUUCCUCCAACCGCGCAACUGGGGCGGCAGCGGCAGCGGCAGCGUCAGCAACACGAGCGAGCGAGCGGCAGCGGCGGCGACACGAGCGAGCGGCGUGCGUUCUCCGCCGCGGGCUGCAGCCGCCCUCCUCUCCUCCCGCCAUCGCGGGAGCGCGUUCCGGCGCUAGCGCCCGCGCAGCUCUGCCCCCCGCCUCCGCCGAUUCCGGGCGGAGAUGGAGGUGGCGCUGCAGGCGGGUGAUGCCGCGGACUGGGUCUACAAGGGAGAGGGCGCGGCGAAUCUCAUCCUCAGCUACACCGGCAACUCGCCUUCCAUGUUUGGCAAGGUACUGCGGGCUAAAAAGGUCCUAAAUGACAAGGCACAACCAGCACCAAACUGUGUAAACUUCUCAAGCUACGAGCAGCUCGUGUGGGGUGACAUCCCAGAAUUGAUCGAGUCUGUCAAGCAAGGUUCUGUGGCACAAGCCUAUGCAGUACAUGUCAUGAGCCAACAUCUGGGGCACGAUCAUGUUGAUGGCGGGGUUCGUGUCUCUGUGUCUAAGGAUUUUCUGGAGAUUGUUGGAAAGAAUGUGCUCAGCGCCCGUCCUGCUUGGCGAGUGAAUGCAAGCGCAAUUGAUACCAACGCUGAUUCUGCCCUUCUAAUUUCUGACCACUCCUUAUUUUCUGGAAAGCCUAGAGGUAGCAGCUGUAUCGCAGUGGAGAUAAAGGCCAAAUGUGGGUUUCUUCCAUCAUCAGAAUAUAUAUCAAAGGAAAAUGCUAUUAAGAAACAAGUAACACGGUACAAGAUGCAUCAACACCUCAAAUUUCAUCAGGGGCAGAUAUCGAAGACAAGUGAAUAUGACCCCCUUGAUCUAUUCUCUGGGUCAAAAGAAAGAAUAUGCACGGCCAUCAAGUCAUUUUUCUCGACUCCUCAGAACAACUUCAGGAUUUUUGUGAAUGGCUCCUUAGGUUUUGGUGGCAUGGGAGGUGGUGCUGACAAGAUCCUUGCUAAUGAAACAGAGAAGUGUCUUGAAGAUCUGAGGAAGGUUAGUGGGCUACAACUAUCUGACUUUAUUGAACUCCUGUCAGAGGCAAUAUCUAAAUCUGGAGCAUUGGAUAAACUUCUGGCCACUCAAAAACUGGAUGAUCAUGACAUCGAAGCGGCAAUUCAUCUGUAUUACAACAUCAUCUCUCAGCCUUGUUUGGUCUGCAAAAAUAUAACUGAUGCUGAGCUAUUGCACAAGUACUCUGUGUUGCAUUCUCUUCCUUUGGACAAGAGCUGUAAGAUUGUGAGGGACUUUCUCAUUUCUGCUACUGCAAAGGACUGUAGCCUCAUGAUGUGCUUUCGGCCAAGAGAGUGUGAAAGAACGGAUUCCGAGUAUGAUUCAGUUUUUCUCCAGUCAGUAAACCGAGCCUAUGAUUACAAGGCAUACUUUGUUGAUCUGGAUGUGAAGCCUCUGGAUAAGAUGACACAUUACUUUAAACUGGACCAGAAGAUCGUCAAUUUCUACACUAAGAGCGGGGAGCUUAUGAGUGGUACAUCAUGUAUACCUAGCGGGUGGCUCGUCGCGGCAGAAAACACACCAGGAAUUCGAUACACAGACACCAAGAUGCUUGAACAGACUUUUUUACAGUGGCAACCACAUGUUGCAGUAUCUGCAGCAGAUAUGGGAGCGCAGGUUUGCCUUGUAGGCUACGGUGUAGCCAUUUCACCGGUUCCCUCCACCUGCUAACUGGCUUAUGUACUACUCCCUCCGUCUCAUAUUAGUUGUCGCUCAAAUGAAUUUAUCUAGCAUUGAAAUACACUUAAAUAAAUGUAUCUAGCAUUGGAAUACGUUUAGGUACAUUCAUUUUUGUGACAACUAAUAUGAGACGGAGGGAGUACUGUACAUCUUUUGAGUUGCGGUUGCUUCUCUGGUCUCAGUUGCUUAUUGUUUCUGGACAA